AUGGCUGAGAAAUUGAAGAACGAGCAGUUGCAAGCGCAGAUCCAAAGGCUGGAGCUUGCUUCGCAGACUGCCCAGAAAGAGUAUGAGCUAGCAAAAUGUCAAAAGGAAGCAGAGACGUCAAAGUUGGAAACACUGUUGACCAAGACUUUGUCAAGAGUUGAUGAUUUGGAGAAGAUGAUGAAAGACAGUCCAGCUGAACCCCCAAAGCCUGCUGAGAAACCAAACGCACGACCUACGGAGACAAAACAAUCACAAAAGGCUAGGGUGGCUGAGCCUCAGUCUGAUUCAGAGAAAAGUGCUUCUGAUGGCGAAUCUGAUUCUGAAGAAGAGAAAAGUAUGGUCACUCCGGACGGACGGGUUCCAAUUUCUCCUGACGCCCUUCGCAUGCGAUGCAGACGCUUGUGUGAACGCAAGCCUAGCGGACGCCUGCAAGUUGAGGCAUCCAUGUCGGAUGCUUACAAAGCAGGAGGUGAGCAGAGGGAGGCGCUGGAAAUGACGCUGCUUGAGUCAUUGGCCACCCAUGGGCAUGGCCGGUCAUCCUACAAGAAGAUCAAGGCUGACUUUGUCAAGCGAUUUCGCUUGGUCAAAGAACGCCUUGAGUCCCGAGAAAGCGAGGUGCACGGGAAGUGGAUGACGGAGGAGGCAAUGAAAAAAAGCGGCAAGUAUUCACAGACGGCCAUCAAGAAUAUUACUUCCUACUGCAGGAAGUUUCCUGAAAGCUUGAUGAGGCCAGUUGAAUAUUUUUGGCUUGACACCUAUAUAGUUCAGCAUGAUACCCAAAAGCAUCCAAGAACAUCAACUGCAAACCAUUGGAGGUAG